CUUGAUCUACCGCGUAAGCUGAGAAGUACUUGGAGGAAGUCCCGGUACAAGGACUUCCAUGCAAGGGGUGCUGGACGAUGUGGAGCUUUCUCAUACGUGCUCGCGACGAUUCAUGGGGUCCGGGGAAUGCAUGAGGGAAGAAUCUUGCCAUCACGAGGGCGACCCCGGUGGCCCGAAGUUGGCGGAGAUGUGUGCAGCUUGUUACGUUAACAGCGAGUCAUAUUAAGCAAGUCUUCCAGCUUAUUGAAUUCACGAUGUUAGUCAAGUGUGUCGGUAGCGUCCGUUACCGCGCAUGCGCCUAUAGGUGUAUUGUGGGAAGCGUGGAGGAUGGUGGUUGGUGGAUGAUCUGCCGAACUGCUCGAGCACUUGGUUCGAACGGCAUGCAGUCGAACCAAAGGAGAACCGACGAGUUUACAUUGUACGGCCGGUCUGAGACGGCUGAUCUUUUCCCAUGCGUAUGGAUGGCCUUCACUGCAGGAAAGCUGAAGCAUUCCAGAAAAUGCACCAGAGACUCUGCAGAGAGGUCUCGUGCCGUCCCGUAUGCAGAGUUCUGCGCCUGUGUUUGCCAUGACCGGUCGACCACCACGUCUCACACUCUCACGGCUAAGCUAUACAAAUACUGCCUAGUGCUUGUAGAAGAGCAAUUGGCCAGAAUGUACUUCCGGUCGUACUGCCGCAUGUGCGGCUUGUUAUGUACACGGUUGUUCCUUUGCGGUUCACGAUUGUACGUAUUCGAGAUCGUCAACUUCAUCAUUGCUCAGUGGGUGAUAGAACACAUUGACACGGUCUUGCUGAAGAGAUUUGAUCGCCAGGCACUAUAACGUAAGGUGAAUCUAGCAGGACACGAUUAUUGGAUAUCAAUUCACCACCCGCGCAAGGCAGCGGAAAUCCCACGCGUUGCGGUCUCGAACGUCCAGAAAUUUUCGUUCGGAUCCACUCCCAUGCACGAUGCCAGAGAUUUUGAUUCAAUCACUUAAUA